AUAAAGCUCCAGUAAUUAUAGUGUUUACUCCAAUUUCUUUAUUUUCCUGAGGUUCCACCUUUUUCUCCAGAAUUUUCUCUCUCUUUUCCUUUUCAUCUACCGCAUGCGGCUUCCUCACGGGAGACCUUGAAUAAUUGCCCCAUGCUCGAGCCCUUCCAUCAAAAUCUUUAUUGCGGCUUCUUCCUUCCCUCUUCCAAUAUUUUUCUUCCUUCUUUUUAUCCUGUAAAUAUUUUUCUUUUUCUUUAGGCAAUUUAUCAGGGACAAUAUCUUCUUUUUUGUCCGUCUCAGCUCGUCCCACUACUAAUUUUGCAAAUUUUUUGAAUUUAUUUUCUUCAUUUUUUUCUUUAUAUUUUUUUUCCAACUCCUUUUUAUAUUUUUUUAAUUCUCUAUCCAUGCGAUCUUGAAUCUUCCUUUGUAAUUCAUCGCCUCUUUUCAAAAUAUCCCCCCAAAUUUCUUUGUGUUUAAUCAGCAUAUCCUCCUCAUACUUCGAUCUCACCCUUCUUGUUUUAGCAAUUGUCUCCCAAUCAGGGGCCUCUUCUUCUUCUUUGUCUUCCUCCCUUUUUCUCUUCAUGUUCCCUUGCUUAUUUGGCAGCUUACUUCCAACCUCUUCUCCCCGCUUCUUUGCUUCCAAAAUUCUUAAUUGCUUUUCUUCCUCUUUCUUCUCUUCCUCCCGUAUUUGUCGUUGUUUCUCUGUCCCUUUCACUUGUCUUUUUUCCUCCUUUCUUUUUUUCUUCUCUUCACCUGUCAUAGGAAGAAGACGCUCCUCGUCUUCUGUUAACUCUGUAGACGAAAUAUCCUCCAAGUGCCAGGGUAAUUUUCCUUUUAUUGAAGUUUCGUUGUCGGAAAUAUAG